AGCGCUGUCGGCGUUGAUUGGUUGGUUUCCGCAGGGGCGGGGCCAGAGGGAGGGUGCGCGCGGACGAUCAUGGCGGGUGCCGGAGCCCUCCCGCUGCUGCUGCUGCUGCUGGCGGCGGCCGGGGCCGCGGGUGAGCCAUGCCCCGAGCCCACCAUCGCCCCCUCCUAUUACACCACCUCGGACGCCGUCAUCGCCUCCGAGAGCGUCUUCGUGGUGGAGAUUUCCCUGGCCUGCAAAAACGGCGCCCAGAACGUGGCUCUGUACGCCGACGUGAACGGGAAGCAGUUCCCAGUGACCCGGGGGCAGGACGUGGGCAGGUACCAGGUGUCCUGGAGCCUGGAGCACCGCCAGGCCCAGUCGGGCACCUACGAGGUGAAAUUCUUUGAUGAGGAAUCCUACAGUGCCCUGCGCAAGGCGCAGCGGAACAACGAGGACGUGUCGCGGAUCCGGCCGCUCUUCACCGUCAGCGUGGAGCACAGGGGGGCCUGGAACGGGGCGCCCUGGGUGUCCACGGAGGUGGUGGCAGCCGCCAUCGGGCUGGUGGUGUAUUACCUGGCCUUCAGCACCAAGAGCAGCAUCCAGGCCUAAAGCACCCCAAAAACACCCCAAAAACACCCCAAAACCACCCCAAAACACCCCAAAAACACCCAAAAA